UUUUUCAUUAAAAAUGACAUCAAUUCUGUCAACAGUUAUUCGAAUGUCUUUAAUUAUGGCUUUCGCCAUUUUUGGGAAUCUUUUCUUAAUUUUUGUGAUUCAUAAGGGGAACAAAAUUUCGAGGUCCAAAAUUUCACCCGUUCAGCUUCUAAUUCUUCACACUUGCUUUGCCGAUCUUUUAUUUGCUCUGCUUUCACUUGGCUCAGAAAUUGGCAUUCUUUUGACUUUUCCUCAUUUUUAUGCUUCUGAUUUGGUUUGCCGUCUAGUUCGAUAUCUUCAAGUGCUUCCACUUUAUGCUAGCCCUUUUUUAAUGGUUGCUAUUAGUAUUGACAGAUAUCAGGCAAUUUGUCGUCCAUUAGUUCAUUAUACCAGCGAUCGUUUUCGACGCCCCAAUUACUUUGGGUUGACAGCUUGGCUUUUUGCUUCGAUUUGCUCUGUUCCCCAACUUUUUAUUUGGCAAAAAAUGUCAAUUGGAAAAAUAGGUAACAACACUACAACGAGUAUUGUUGAAUGGAAUUUUGCUGAAAAUGAUAGUGUCAUUGCUUGGUUACUCCCUUCUUUAAUUUCUGCAUUUUUUUAUUUUAAAAUAUGCACAACUGUUUGGAAAUUACCUUUUUGGCAAAUUCAACAAGACGAUAACGAAACUAAUUUAAAACCACAAAAAGUUUCAAAUUCAAUUGAAGCCAGUUGUCGAUUGACGCGAGAAUAUGUUGAAGUGCUCAGAAAAAGUUCUACAACUUUUCAAAAUCAAGUGACUGAAUUUGACAAGAAGAGGAUUAAAACGGUUAGACUAACCCUAAUUAUCGUCAUGUGCAACUUUUUUCUUUGGCUCCCUUUUUGUCUUAUUAAUGUACUUCAAGCAUUUGCUCAUAAAUGGGCUUGGGGAAGUGGACAAACAAUAAUUACACAAAUUGCAAUUUUGGGGAAUUUAAAUGCUUGUGUAAAUCCUUGGAUUUAUAUUUUGUUUAAUAGGAAAAUUACAAAGAGAGCAUUGGGGACGAUUUUCUGCAGAAAUGAAUCUGUGGAAGUAUCAUCACAAAAGGCUCCUUCACGUCACAGUUAUGGCCCUACAAGUUUUUUGAUUAAACAGAAGGUUGAGUCUGAGAGCCAGACUUGAAGAUGAUUGUGAGAAUCGACAACCCUACUUGUGAGAUGAUAUUUUUGCGACGAUCUUCAUUUUUAUUAAAUUUAGUUUUUAUUUUUAAAUUAAUUCUACUUGUAUUUAUAUAAUUUAAUUGCCAUAAAUUGAAUUU